UUUGCGAGCUUGGUAGCUAGAGGAGAAAUAAUAUUGUCCAGCGCUGAGAAUUAAAUGGAACGGAUCAAGCAGUAAAUGGAGUGACAUGAGGUAGGCGUUGAUUCAGUGUUCAUUACUUCCAGCUUUAGAGUUCUGAACUGGGCCUUUCGUGGUGGGGACCCGCGCGCAUCGACUACUGGUUCUUCUGUUUCUUUAGAUAAAGCCCCUUCCAUUCCCCCCUCCCCCCCCCCCCACUUCCCAAUACUACUACUAUUCCUCCAUUCUUUUAACCUAGCUACUACUAGUGCUACCACGGCGGCGCGUGUGACUCACCACUCACCACCAAUGGAGGGAAACGUGACCAUCAAGAGUACCUUCCAAUACUGGCUGGUUAAGCACCCAACAAUCCUCAACUUCAAGUGGAGCCCGGGGGAAACUCCCUGCUCCACUCCACUCUUCCUGGCUGUCAUGGUCAUCUCUUACCUCGCCUUGACUCUGCUCCUCUCCAACAUCCCUCUCCCGCUCAUCAAGCCCCGCCGCCUCAAGCCGAUCACGGUCGUCCACAACCUCAUCCUGCUGGUGUUGUCAUUCAUCAUGUCCGUGGGUUCGUUGGUCACCAUCUUCUCCCACGCGCCCUACCCCUUUUGGAUCAUCUGCCUGCCGCCCAAAACUCCGCCAACUGGUCCCCUCUUCUUCUGGGCGUACAUCUUCUACCUUUCGAAAAUCUACGAGUUCGUCGACACCCUCCUCAUCAUCGUCAGCGGCUCCUUCCACCGUCUCACCUUCCUCCACGUGUACCACCACACCAUGGUGCUUGUCAUGUGCUACAUCUGGCUCCACACCUCCCAGUCUCUCUUCCCGGCCGUCAUCGUCGCGAACGCCACCGUCCACGUGGUCAUGUACACUUACUACCUGCUGUCGAGUCUCGGAGGGAGGCCCAAGUGGAAGAGGUUUGUGACCGAGUUUCAGAUAUUCCAGUUCAUGAGCAGCUUCAUAGGGUUGGUGUGGAUGCUCUACUAUCAUUUCAACAGGGAGUGUGGUUGCUCUGGGAUCUGGGGAUGGUGCUUCAACAUUUUCUUUUAUGUUUCUCUUCUGCUUUUGUUCAUGGACUUCCAUUCCAAGAGUUAUGGUACCUCCAAGAAAGAUUUCUAGCUCAUGUCAGAAUAAUCAAAGCCAUCGUACUUGUGGAGAAUUGGAAGAAACAACUUUCAUGAUCGGUCAUGGACUCGCACUUGAUAUUUUCUAGAGUUUUAUGUUAUAGAUUCACUUCUGUAACAUGAAAUAUUUCUUCAAUCUACAAUCGAGUAAUUUAUUA